CGGAUGCGCCCCGCGCCGUGCCGGAUGCGGAAGUGUACUCCGUGCUUCCCUCACCGGUGUCGAGCUGCGUGGCUCGGUGUGUUCGUUGCGCUCGGUGUGUUCGGAGUGGGUUGAGCGUAGUGUUGUUGUGUGGGACUAGUCUGGAGGUCUCAUUUGAUGAAUCCAUACCAGUUUGGGGACGAUCUGGCUGUUUGACUGACAAGUGUCCUCUCACGUGAGCUGAGCUUGGCCAUGGCCAGUGUGGAGCAGGUGUCUGCAGUGGGACAGGUUCUGCUGGAUUCCAAACAGGAGCUGGCCCGGCGUUUUCGAGCCCUCUUCACCCUCAGGAACAUCGGAGGCCCAGAGGCUAUCAGCUGGAUCAGCCGAGGCUUCAGUGAUGAGUCUGCUCUGCUCAAGCACGAGCUGGCCUACUGCUUGGGUCAAAUGCAGGACGCCCGGGCCAUCCCCACCCUCACCGCUGUGCUGAAGGACACGCAACAGGAGCCCAUGGUCCGGCACGAAGCAGGAGAGGCCCUGGGAGCCAUCGGAGACACUUCAGUCCUGGAGCUGCUCACAGAGUACUGCCAGGACCCUGUCAUAGAGGUGGCAGAGACGUGCCAGCUGGCCGUGGCUCGUCUGCAGUGGCUGCAGUCUGGAGGACAGGCCCAGGAUGAUAGCCCCUACAGCUCUGUGGACCCUGCCCCCCCUGCACCCCAGAAGAGUCCCUCUGAGCUGCGGAGCAUCCUGCUUAAUGAGAGCCUGCCCCUGUUCGAGCGCUACCGGGCCAUGUUUGCUCUGAGGAACCUGUGUACAGAGGAGGCGGCACUGGCUCUGGCUGAUGGUCUGCAGUGCUCCAGCGCUCUGUUCCGUCAUGAGAUCGGGUACGUGUUGGGUCAGAUGCAGCACCCAGCUGCGGUGCCAGCUUUGAGCGCAGCUCUGGAGCGCCCUGAGGAGAACCCCAUGGUGCGGCAUGAGGCGGCAGAGGCUCUGGGCUCUAUUGGCAGACAGGAGUGUGUGGGUGUGCUGCAGAGGCACCAGGCAGAUGGAGAGCGUGUGGUGCAGGAGAGCUGUGUGGUGGCUCUGGACAUGCUGCACUAUGAGAACAGUGAACAGUUCCAGUACGCAGAUGGACUGGUGCGCCUGCAGGGCUGAGACUCCACUCAGGAUUCAUGGGAGAAAGGACUGUCACUCACAUAAACGCUGGACUAAUGCAGAACAGACCUGCCUCAUACCGGAUUAGAUUAAAACGCCACAGUGCCCAUCUUGUAGGCAUAGAAAGAUUUACCAAUUAUGAAAAAACUGUAUUUUGGCUUGCACCAGUACACCUUAUUUAUUUUAUAGUGGAUAAUCAUAUAUUAUUACUUUGGUGAAUCUCAUACAAUGUUUCUUUCCUCUAGUUUAUAAUUUGCCAUAAAAUAAAUGACAACACUCACUUUGAUCCAGCUUCUAUCAUGAAAUGUAAGCUUUUAAAAAGCCUUAUCACAGUGAGCAGUGAGUCAAGGUCAGGCCCUGUAUGUGACCUGUGUGUAGUAGUGUUUGAUUCAAGGAUUUGAAUAAACCAAAUAUCUCUGUUGGACUGCAGAGCCUCCUC